ACAAGGACUAUGUUUUUAGGACUUCUUUCAAAGAAAACAGAGAACAAGAUUAAUAAACUGACAAAGUUUUAGAAGAACUAGGAAAGAUGAUGAAAAAGGCUAUUAGCUACAAAGAGAAAGUGGCAGUUAAAACUGAAACAUGGCUGGCAUUUACACGCUGCGGUUCCAUCUCUUUUUCUUCAUUCUCAGCGUUCUCCUUGCCGUGGCUCGAGGACAGUCUCCAACAGAUUCUGACUGGCUUCUGAAAAUUAAAUCAGAACUGGUUGAUCCUGUUGGAGUCCUUGAAAACUGGUCUCCAAGUGUUCAUGUAUGUAGCUGGCAUGGCAUUUCAUGUUCAAAUGAUGAGUCCCAAAUUGUUAGUUUAAAUCUUUCUCAGUCUAGAUUAUCAGGUUCCAUGUGGAGUGAGUUAUGGCAUGUCACUUCACUUGAAGUGUUAGAUUUGUCUUCAAACUCCCUCUCUGGUUCCAUACCUUCUGAGUUGGGUCAGCUUUACAAUCUAAGGGUACUGAUCUUGCAUUCAAAUUUCCUGUCUGGAAAGCUUCCCACUGAGAUAGGGCUUUUGAAGAACUUGCAAGCUCUCAGAAUAGGUAACAACUUGUUAUCAGGUGAAAUCACACCAUUUAUUGGAAACUUGACUAAUUUGACUGUUCUGGGUCUUGGCUAUUGUGAAUUCAAUGGAAGUAUUCCAGUUGAGAUUGGUAACUUGAAGCAUCUGAUAUCUCUUAAUUUGCAGCAGAACAGACUCAGUGGUUCUAUUCCCGACACCAUUCGCGGAAACGAAGAGCUUGAAGACUUGUUGGUAUCGAAUAAUAUGUUGAAUGGCAACGUUCCUGAUUCAUUAGGCUCCAUAAAGUCAUUGAGAGUUUUGAAUUUGGCCAACAACAGCCUUUCUGGGUCAAUUCCUGUUGCACUUAGUGGUCUUUCCAAUUUGGUGUACUUGAACUUGCUUGGAAAUAGGUUCAGUGGAGAAAUACCUUCUGAGAUAAAUCAGUUGGUUCUUCUUGAGGAAGUAGAUUUAUCAAGAAACAACCUUUCAGGAACCAUAAGCCUAUUGAAUACACAGCUGCAGAAUCUUGUAACUCUGGUGUUAUCAGAUAAUGCUUUAACAGGUAAUAUUCCAAACAGCUUCUGCUUCAAAACUUCAAAUCUUCAACAAUUAUUUCUUGCCAGAAACAAGCUAUCUGGCAAGUUCCCACAGGAGUUGCUCAACUGUUCCUCACUACAACAGUUGGAUCUUUCUGGUAACAGGCUUGAAGGAGAUCUUCCGUCUGGUCUGGACGAUCUCAAGUGCCUAACAGUUCUUUUACUCAACAACAACAGCUUCACUGGAUUUAUACCUCCUCAAAUUGGGAACAUGAGCAACUUGGAGGACCUGUAUUUGUUUGACAACAAGCUCACAGGGACUAUUCCAAAGGAGAUAGGGAAGCUAAAGAAGUUAAGUUUCAUUUUCCUCUAUGAUAACCAGAUGACAGGAAGCAUUCCAAACGAGCUUACAAACUGCACGAACUUGAUGGAGAUUGAUUUCUUUGGUAAUCAUUUUAUAGGGCCCAUUCCUGAGAAUAUUGGGAACCUGAAGAACCUGGUUGUGCUUCAUCUAAGGCAAAACUUCUUGUGGGGUCCCAUCCCAGCAAGUUUGGGCUAUUGCAAAAGCCUUCAGUUGUUGGCUUUGGCUGACAACAAUCUCUCAGGAUCAUUGCCUUCCACUUUAGGUCUCCUCUCAGAAUUGAGCACCAUUACUCUAUAUAACAACUCUCUUGAAGGCCCUUUUCCUGUAUCAUUCUCCAUUCUCAAACGUCUAAAGAUAAUAAACUUCUCCAAUAAUAAGUUUAAUGGAACCAUUCUUCCUCUCUGUGGCUUGAAUUCCCUAACCGCAUUGGAUUUGACAAACAACAGUUUUUCAGGUCCUAUUCCUUCUAGAUUGAUCAAUUCCAGAAACUUGAGGCGUCUUCGCCUCGCACACAACAGACUCACUGGUUAUAUUCCCUCUGAAUUCGGCCAAUUGAAAGAGCUAAACUUCCUUGAUUUAUCACACAACAAUCUCACAGGAGAAAUGUCACCUCAACUCUUCAACUGUACCAAGCUUGAACACUUUCUGCUUAAUGACAACAGACUGACGGGAACCAUCACUCCACUGAUAGGCAACUUACAGGCGGUUGGCGAGCUCGAUUUCUCGUCCAACAGCUUGUACGGGAGAAUACCUGCAGAAAUUGGAAGCUGUUCUAAAUUACUUAAGCUCUCUCUCCAUAACAACAAUCUAUCAGGAAUGAUUCCACUGGAAAUUGGAAAUUUCACCUUCCUCAAUGUUCUUAACCUGCAAAGAAACAACCUUUCAGGCUCCAUUCCGUCAACGAUCGAAAAGUGCAGCAAACUGUAUGAGCUGAAACUAUCUGAAAACUUCUUGACAGGUGAGAUCCCUCAAGAGCUUGGAAAGCUGAGUGAUUUACAAGUAGCACUGGAUUUAAGCAGAAAUCUUAUAUCUGGUGAAAUCCCAUCAUCCAUUGGAAAUCUAAUGAAGCUGGAAAGAUUGGAUCUCUCUUCAAAUCAUCUCACCGGUGAAAUCCCGACUUCACUUGAACAACUGACAAGCAUACAUAUCCUGAAUCUGUCAGAUAAUCAACUACAAGGAUCAAUCCCUCGAUUCUUUUCAGAGUUUCCAUUAACCUCAUUUAAGGGUAAUGAUGAACUCUGUGGCCGACCUCUAUCAUCAUGUUCAAAAUCUGCAAGCCAAGAGACAAGCAGAUUAUCCAAGGGUGCAGUGAUAGGCAUUAUUGUGGCCAUUGUUUUUACCUCCAUGGUUAUAUGUCUAAUAAUGCUGUAUACUAUGCUGAGAAUCUGGUGCAAUUGGAAAAAGGUUUCUGUAGUUUCGAGCUCUGAUGGAAGUGGGAAUGAACAUGGCAGAGAAGAGGUGAAAUGGGUUUAUAGAAAUGACAAGAAUGUAGGUCAGUACUGGAAAGUUGAUUCUGUGGCAUUCUAAAGGAUAAGCCAUCUUCAGAUAACAGAUGUGUUUUCCAGCUCGAGAUGGAUUCAGACUCCAUAUAACUAAGGCAAGAUUGUAUCGAUACAAAGGGGUUUCCUUUUGUUUUUGUUUGGUGGAUCAUUCCAAGAUCUCAAAAGAAUGGUAAUGUGGAGCUUAGGGACUGUAAAAAUAAACUGAAAAUAUUUGUAGAUAAUUGUCUAAUGAUUAAUUUUGGAA